AUGCUGCUUUGGAUUCUGUUGCUGGAGACGUCUCUUUGUUUUGCCGCUGGAAACGUUACAGGGGACGUUUGCAAAGAGAAGAUCUGUUCCUGCAAUGAGAUAGAAGGGGACCUACACGUAGACUGUGAAAAAAAGGGCUUUACAAGUCUUCAGCGUUUCACCGCCCCGACUUCCCAGUUUUACCAUCUAUUUCUGCAUGGCAAUUCCCUCACUCGACUUUUCCCUAAUGAGUUCGCUAACUUUUAUAAUGCGGUUAGUUUGCACAUGGAAAAUAAUGGCUUGCAUGAAAUCGUUCCUGGGGCUUUUCUGGGGCUGCAGCUGGUGAAAAGGCUGCACAUCAAUAACAACAAGAUCAAAUCUUUUCGAAAGCAGACUUUCCUGGGGCUGGACGAUCUGGAAUACCUCCAGGCUGAUUUUAAUUUAUUACGGGAUAUAGACCCGGGGGCCUUCCAGGACUUGAACAAGCUGGAGGUACUCAUUUUAAACGACAAUCUCAUCAGCACCCUACCUGCCAAUGUGUUCCAAUAUGUGCCCAUCACUCACCUCGACCUCCGGGGAAACAGGCUGAAAACGCUGCCCUACGAGGAGGUCUUGGAGCAAAUCCCUGGCAUUGCCGAGAUCCUGCUAGAGGAUAACCCAUGGGACUGCACUUGUGAUCUGCUCUCCCUGAAAGAAUGGCUCGAAAACAUUCCCCAAAAUGCCCUGAUCGGCCGAGUAGUCUGCGAAGCCCCCACCAGACUGCAGGGCAAAGACCUCAAUGAAACCACUGAACAGGACUUGUGUCCUUUGAAAAACAGAGUGGAUUCUAGUCUCCCGGCUCCCCCUGCCCAAGAAGAGACCUUCGCUCCUGGCCCGCUGCCAACUCCUUUCAAGACAAGUGGGCAAGAAGAUCAUGCCACCCCAGGGUCGGCUCCAAACGGAGGUACAAAGAUCCCAGGCAACUGGCAGAUCAAAAUCAGACCCACGGCAGCGAUAGCUACCGGCAGCGCCAGAAACAAACCCCCAGCCCACGGCUUGCCCUGCCCUGGGGGCUGCAGCUGCGACCACAUCCCAGGGUCGGGUUUAAAGAUGAACUGCAACAACCGGAACGUGAGCAGCUUGGCUGAUUUGAAGCCCAAGCUUUCCAACGUGCAGGAGCUUUUCCUGCGAGAUAACAAGAUCCAUAGCGUCCGAAAAUCGCACUUUGUGGAUUACAAGAAUCUCAUUCUGUUGGAUCUGGGCAACAAUAACAUUGCCACCGUAGAGAACAACACUUUUAAGAAUCUUUUGGACCUCAGGUGGUUGUACAUGGAUAGUAACUACCUUGACACGCUGUCCCGGGAGAAAUUCGCCGGCCUGCAAAACCUUGAGUACCUCAACGUGGAGUACAACGCCAUCCAGCUCAUCCUGCCGGCCACCUUCAAUGCCAUGCCCAAACUGAGGAUCCUCAUUCUCAACAACAACUUGCUGAGGUCCCUACCCGUGGACGUGUUUGCUGGGGUCUCGCUCUCUAAACUCAGCCUGCACAACAAUUACUUCAUGUACCUUCCGGUGGCAGGGGUGCUGGACCAGUUAACCUCCAUCAUCCAGAUAGACCUGCACGGAAACCCUUGGGAGUGCUCCUGCACCAUUGUGCCUUUCAAGCAAUGGGCAGAACGCCUGGGUUCCGAAGUGCUGAUGAGCGACCUCAAGUGCGAGACGCCAGUGGACUUCUUUAGGAAGGAUUUCAUGCUGCUCUCCAAUGACGAGAUCUGCCCCCAGCUGUACGCGAGGAUCUCGCCCACGUUAACUUCGCACAGUAAAAACAGCACCGGGUUGGCGGAGACCGGGACACACUCCAACUCCUACUUAGACACCAGCAGGGUGUCCAUCUCCGUGUUGGUCCCGGGACUGCUGCUGGUGUUUGUCACCUCCGCCUUCACGGUGGUGGGCAUGCUCGUGUUUAUCCUGAGGAAUCGAAAGCGGUCCAAGAGAAGGGACGCCAACUCCUCGGCGUCCGAAAUUAAUUCCCUACAGACAGUCUGUGACUCUUCCUACUGGCACAAUGGGCCUUACAACGCAGACGGGGCCCACAGAGUGUAUGACUGUGGCUCCCACUCGCUCUCAGACUAA